UAAAGGAGAUGUGCUUUCUUGUUUUUAGAAUCGUCUAAGCAAACUAACUGCAGCAACCAUUAGCUGGCGAAUUUCGUGGAAGUAUUAGUUGCCUGUAAGAACGUUCUGGCCGCUGGCGGUGUGGACGAAGCCCGGUAUCUGCCGUAAUCUCGGAGGCGGCUCGCUGAAUUUAUUUUGGAUCGUGGGAUUGGCGAAAAGACUCCUGACGACCAGGUUGACGACAUCCGGCGUACUUGUGCCCCCUCAGUAACUGGAUUUCUGUCUCACCGAUGGUGCAGGCCAUGGCACGACGUGCACUCUUCGCCGUUAUUGUCCUCGUCGAGGCGUUGGCGAUGACAACGACACUGGUUCAGGCUACCCCGAAUAAAUGCAACCCAUAUCCCUGUGGUUUUAAAACGAUGUGUUUAAGCAAUGGUGAUUCCUACUUAUGUAGCUGCCUAAAUGGGUAUGCUUUCAACCGAACGAGAUAUGAAUGUCAAGAUAUUGAUGAAUGCGCGCAGGGAGCGUGUGGCUUGCACGGCACGUGUCAAAACCAAGAUGGAGGAUUUUACUGCCAUUGUGCAUCCGGCUUUCACUAUAGCCCCACCACACGCCAGUGCAUAAAACAUGAUAACUGCGUGCGUUAUCCAUGCCCGGAAAGUCCUUCGCACACAUGCACGAGAACGCAUGAUGGUAUAAGUCUUUGUGUUCUGGACGGAGGCGGUGACAAUUGUCCCACAGGUUAUCGGAAGACAAGCUAUGGUUGUGUAGACGACAAUGAAUGUCUGAGAGCACCAUGUGGCCCCAACAUGCACUGCACAAACUCUGUCGGCAACUACUCUUGCACUUGUGACCGUGGCUAUUCGCUGAGUCCGGACGGCACUGUCUGCAGAGACGUGGAUGAAUGCAUAACGGGAACGCACCACUGCGAAGGAACUCAGUACUGCCUUAACCAGAUUGGCCACUACAGAUGUCCGUGCAAAGCGGGAUUUUACACUUAUCAUAAUGGGAAAUGUUACAAAAAGAACGAGUGUUUUACACACACAUGCACUGAGCCUAAUACAAAGUGUGUGGACGUAUAUGGAAGUUUUGCCUGCGUAUGUAAAACGGGUUUCGGCGGUCCCUUUUGCGAAGAUGUAGAUGAAUGUCUUCAGCCCGGCCGCUGUUUGUCGCCUAACACACAGUGCCGAAACCAAGCGCAUGGCUUCUCUUGCGGUUGCAAACCUGGCUACCGUGGAAGCGACUGCACCAGGAAGGUCUAGCAAGCAACAGCUCACACUGUCCCACCCUUCUGGCCUCAACACAGCUACAGGUAUCCUGCAACAUCAGCAGCAGCACCACCACCAACAACAACAACAGCACCACCAACAACAACAACAGCACCACCAACAACAACACCACCACCAACAACAACAACAACAACAACAACAACAACAACAACAACAACAACAACAACAACAACAACAACAACAACAACAACAACAACAACAACAACAACAACAACAACAACAACAACAACAACAACAACAACAGCAACAACAACAACAACAACAACACUACCACCACCAACAACAACAACACCACCAACAACAACAAUAACACCACCACCAUCACCAACAACAACAACAACAACA